GAGAAACCUUAUGAAUGUAAACAGUGUGGAAAGGCUUUCACACAGAGGGGCCAUCUUGCCAGUCAUCUGAGAAUACACACUGGAGAGAAACCUUAUGAAUGUAAACACUGUGGAAAGGCUUUCCCAGAUAGCAGCUCUCUUGCUAGACAUCAGAGAAUUCACACAGGAGAGAAACCAUAUAAAUGUAAACACUGUGGAAAGUCUUUCACUCAGAGGAGCUCUCUUGUUACACAUCAGAGAAUCCACACUGGAGAGAAACCUUAUGAAUGUAAACAGUGUGGAAAGGCUUUCAUAUAUAGUAGCUAUCUUGCUACACAUCAGAUAAUCCACACUGGAGAGAAACCUUAUGAAUGUAAACAGUGUGGAAAGGCUUUCACACAGAGGGGCUCUCUUACUAAACAUCAGAGAAUUCACACAGGAGAGAAACCUUAUGAAUGUAAACAGUGUGGAAAGGCUUUCACAUAUAGUAGCUAUCUUGCUACACAUCAGAUAAUCCACACUGGAGAGAAACCUUAUGAAUGUAAACAAUGUGGAAAGGCUUUCCCAGUUAGCAGCUCUCUUGCUCGACAUCAGAGAAUCCACACUGGAGAGAAACCUUAUGAAUGUAAACAGUGUGGAAAGGCUUUUAAAUGGAAGGUCUCUUUUACUGAACAUCAGAGAAUCCACACUGGAGAGAAACCUUAUGAGUGUAAACAAUGUGGAAAGGCUUUCACAUAUAGCAGCUCUCUUGCUAAACAUCAGAGAAGUCACAGUGGAGAGAAACCUUAUGAAUGUAAACAGUGUGGAAAGGCUUUCAACUGGAAUUGUAAUCUUGCCCUACAUCAGAGAAUCCACACUGGAGAGAAACCAUAUGAAUGUAAGCAGUGUGGAAAGGCUUUCACAGAGAGGGGCUCUCUUGCUAAACAUCAGAGAAUUCACACAGGACAGAAACCUUAUGAAUGUAAACGCUGUGGAAAGGCUUUCACUCAGAAGAGCUAUCUUGCUGUACAUCAGAGAAUCCACACUGGAGAGAAACCAUAUGAAUGUAAACAGUGUGGAAAGGCUUUCACAGAGAGGAGCUAUCUUGCUGUACAUCAGAGAAUCCACACUGGAGAGAAACCUUAUAAAUGUAAACACUGUGGAAAGGCUUUCACAGUUAGAGGCAAUCAUACCAUUCAUCAGCGAAUACACACUGGAGAGAAACCUUAUGAGUGUAAACAAUGUGAAAAGGCUUUCACAGAUAACAGCUCUCUUGCUAAACAUCAGAGAAGCCACAGUGGA